AGUGAUACAUAACAUUCACACCCUAAUCUUAUGAGCAGAUUUGGCAAAUUUAUAAGAAAUAGGUGUCUAACAGACCCGUAUAUACAACUUAUACAUUGCAAACGGACACUGCGGUUCCUUCAGCUGGCUAAAGCAGGAGGCGCGCAGAUGCUAGUGUUAGGAAAUAAAACACAAACGGAUAUAAAUAUUAGGACUUUAACAGAAGGUAAAGGUCAUCUAGUCACUAAUGUAACACCAGAAAUUAUAACAGACGCCACGAAAAAUUACGAUCUCAUCGUGUGUCUGGACCCCGCCUUGUACGCACGACACCUCUACAAUAUCAACCUUCCCUGCAUAGCCGUAUGUAAAGUGGAAGAAUUAUAUAAACACCGGGAUAUACCAGAUGCAUUUGACUACUUCAUACCCAUAGGACCGCAUACAAAAAGUAACCUAGUUGAACUCAUCACCACCGGACAUCGCAAGUGAAUAAC